CUAAAAGCGCACGGAGCUCCCUCCCUCCCUCCUGCCUCCCUCCAGCGUUCGUGCAGACGCUCGUCAUGGCGGCUCAGACCCGUUCGCUGGUCUCCGGUCAGUGGCUGGCAGACGCCAUCAGAAAUAAGCUGAUCGGUCCCAAGCUUCGCAUUCUUGACGCUUCUUGGUACCUACCGAAAGCGAAGAGGAACCCGAGAGAGGAAUUUGCUCAGAAGCACAUACCGGGCUCGUCCUUUUUUGACAUAGACGAAUGUUGUGAUAAGAGCUCUGCGUUUAAUCACAUGCUGCCAACUUCCAGUCACUUUUCCCAGUAUGUGGGAGAUCUCGGCAUCGGGAACGACACGCACGUCGUCGUGUACGACACCAGCAACUUUGGGGCGUUCAGCGCGCCCCGGGUGUGGUGGAUGUUCCGGCUCUUCGGACACAAUUUGGUGUCGCUGCUGGAUGGUGGCUUCAAGAACUGGCAGGUUGAUGGUUUUCCGGUAACAUCUGAGUACCUCAAGCCGGAGCGCAGAGAGUUCGAGGCGACUCUGAAUCAGUCAUGGGUUAAAAGCUACGAGGACGUGCUGGAAAACAUCAGAACCAACCAGGUCCAGGUUGUGGACGCCAGAUCUUCUGGCAGGUUCAAGGGUACUGAGCCAGAGCCCCGAGAAGACAUACUUCCUGGACAUUUCCCUGGCGCAAUCAACAUACCAUUCACAUCUUUCGUGGAUGCCUCUGGAAAGGAGAAGGAAGCUCAGAGCCUGGCUAAGAUUUUCAAGGAGGCAGGGGUGGACCUGGAGCGACCGCUCUGGGCCUCUUGCGGCUCAGGCGUCACGGCGUGUCACGUUGCUCUGGCCGCUCACCUGCUUGGGCACCCUGGGGUUUGUGUUUAUGAUGGCUCCUGGUAUGAAUGGUUUCAAAAGGCAUCUCCAGAGCAUAUCAUAUCAGAGGGAGAGGGAAAGAAGGUGUGAGGAAAAGUUACUUUUUCUUUAGAGAGUUCUAAACUACUGGUGUAUCUGAUUUUGCCAUGUUGGUGUUUCUCCUACACAUCACAGUGUUGUAACAUGACCAUGAUUCCACCUGACCAAUCACAUGUUUGUGAGGUCAUUGCAACUAUGGGUAAAAGAUGGUCAGAGGUGAUAUAAAGAGCAACAAAUUGACUGUAUGGUGCAGGUGAAGCAGGGCACACACUGGACAUGUCGCCAGACUGUCUCAAGGCUAACACAGCAAGACAGAUGACCAUUCACACUCACAAAGACACUUUAGAUUUGCCAGUUAACCUAAGAACAUUGGAGUAUGGAAGAAAGCCAGAGAGAACCCACAAAGGCAGGUGGAGAACACCCAAACUCCAGGAAUUCAAACCCAGGAUCUUCUUGUUACAUGGCAACAGUGCUAAUGACCAUGCCUCCCUCAGGACACACCCAUCCUAGUUUUACAGAGUUUUGAAGGUUAUAUUUAGGUAAAAUAUUUAGUGUUUUUCCAUCUUUUUCUCAAGAGUUCACUUGCAUUGAUAGUCCUGGAGAAACAUGAAUUAUUAUGCUGUAGGAGCAACACCAACACGGGGACAGCAGAUUGCACCUAAACAAUACGCCUUAUAGUCCACUUAUUCUUGAGGAUAUUGUGCACACUAGUUAUCUAUACUAAUACAGUAAAGCUGUAGUGAAACAUAAUGACAGGGACUGCUGCAGCUUUCAGCAGCUGUCAGAAACCUUUCUUGAAAGUCUUCCCUGCUCUAUGCAACUAUUAUAACAUUAAAGUUGUGAAAAUGUUACAAUUUAGAAAGCUUUUUUUCCUCACUUGAAAUAAUAUGAUUUUUUGUUUGUUUGUUUAACCAAUAAAGACGCCGUCUUUUGCUGUUACAAUAAAUACUACGUGCUUCUGUUUGGCUGUUAUAGAAAAUAUUUCCAUAUCUUCGUUUUCUUUUUAAAACAUGUCUAGCUCCCGAGGUGGAGGAAAAGGUGUCCAUUCGUUAACCAGGAAAGACUAUAUUUGGUUCUGUUUGGAAGGCCACGUGGGACAAAAUUCUCAGGCAUGUAGAUCAGAUAUGGCUUUGUUGCAAGAACUUGGGGGAAGGGCGGGAAGGGGUAUAGGAAAUUAUUUAGUCAUUAAGUUUCAGUUCGUGUCAAAAUGUUUUGUUGUCACUUCACGGGACCAUGUAAAGUUGCAAAUGAGAAUUAUGUAAGUCACUGUUAAUGUGAACCCAAGAAUCAAAUAAAUAAAAUGUUCUUCUGAAAA